AUGGUAAGCUUUUUUUCUUUUCUUUCAGAGUACUAUUCAUUUAUUUUUUGUGUAGUGAUCUGCCUUGUGUUUUGUUUAACACGUUUUUGUUAAAAAAUCUUGCAGGUGAAGUUUACAGUUGAAGAGCAACGGAAAAUUACGGAUCGUAAACACAACAUCCGUAACAUGUCUGUCAUCGCCCAUGUCGAUCAUGGGAAAUCUACACUUACGGAUUCACUUGUUGCUGCUGCUGGUAUCAUUGCUCAAGAAACUGCGGGUGAUGUGCGUAUGACUGAUACUCGUGCUGAUGAGGCAGAACGUGGUAUCACCAUCAAGUCCACUGGUAUCUCUCUCUACUAUGAGAUGACUGAUGCGUCUCUGAAGAGUUUCACCGGAGCUAGAGAUGGCAAUGAGUACCUGAUCAACCUCAUUGACUCUCCUGGACACGUUGACUUUUCUUCAGAGGUCACAGCUGCUCUCCGUAUCACUGAUGGUGCUCUUGUGGUUGUUGACUGCAUUGAAGGUGUUUGUGUGCAGACUGAGACUGUGCUCAGGCAAUCUCUUGGUGAAAGGAUUAGGCCUGUUUUGACUGUCAACAAGAUGGACAGGUGUUUCCUUGAGCUUAAGGUUGAUGGUGAGGAGGCGUAUCAGAAUUUCCAGAGGGUCAUUGAGAAUGCUAAUGUCAUCAUGGCCACGCAUGAGGAUCCUCUCCUCGGUGAUGUUCAGGUUUACCCUGAAAAGGGGACAGUAGCUUUCUCUGCUGGUCUCCACGGAUGGGCUUUCACUCUCACCAAUUUUGCUAAGAUGUAUGCUUCCAAGUUUGGUGUCUCUGAAUCUAAAAUGAUGGAGAGGCUGUGGGGUGAGAACUUCUUUGAUUCUGCAACCAGAAAAUGGACGACCAAAAACUGGCUCCCCGACCUGCAAGCGUGGGUUUGUUCAGUUCUGUUAUGAACCCAUUAAGAUAAUGAUCAACACUUGUAUGAAUGAUCAGAAGGAUAAGCUGUGGCCGAUGUUAGAGAAGCUUGGUAUUCAGAUGAAGCCCGAUGAGAAAGAGUUGAUGGGUAAACCUUUGAUGAAGCGUGUCAUGCAGGCAUGGCUUCCUGCGAGUACCGCUCUUCUUGAAAUGAUGAUCUUUCACUUACCAUCACCCUACACUGCGCAGAGGUACCGUGUUGAGAACUUGUAUGAAGGUCCCCUUGAUGAUAAGUAUGCUGCAGCUAUCAGAAACUGUGAUCCAGACGGUCCUUUGAUGCUCUACGUCUCUAAGAUGAUUCCCGCAUCUGACAAGGGCAGGUUCUUUGCCUUCGGUCGUGUCUUUUCUGGUACGGUUUCUACUGGUAUGAAAGUCAGGAUCAUGGGUCCUAACUAUGUCCCUGGUGAAAAGAAAGAUCUGUAUGUCAAAAGUGUGCAGAGGACUGUCAUUUGGAUGGGUAAGAAACAAGAGACAGUGGAGGAUGUUCCUUGUGGUAAUACUGUUGCUAUGGUUGGGCUGGAUCAGUUCAUCACCAAGAAUGGUACCUUGACGAAUUAGAAGGAAGUGGACGCACACCCGCUUCGUGCCAUGAAGUUUUCUGUCUCUCCCGUUGUUCGUGUUGCUGUGAAAUGCAAGCUAGCGUCUGACCUUCCCAAGCUUGUAGAAGGUCUUAAGAGGCUGGCCAAGUCUGACCCUAUGGUUCUAUGCACAAUGGAAGAGUCUGGUGAGCACAUUGUUGCAGGUGCUGGAGAACUCCACAUUGAAAUUUGUGUCAAGGAUCUUCAAGAUUUUAUGGGUGGUGCGGAUAUCAUAGUGUCAGAUCCUGUUGUUUCGUUACGAGAGACAGUCUUUGAGAGGUCUUGCCGGACUGUGAUGAGUAAGUCCCCAAACAAACACAACCGUCUUUACAUGGAAGCCAGACCAAUGGAGGAUGGUCUAGCAGAGGCCAUUGAUGAAGGCCGCAUCGGUCCAUCUGAUGACCCCAAGAUCCGAUCCAAGAUUCUUGCAGAAGAGUUUGGGUGGGACAAGGAUCUUGCCAAGAAAAUCUGGGCGUUUGGACCUGACACCACAGGGCCCAACAUGGUGGUUGACAUGUGUAAGGGAGUGCAGUACUUGAAUGAAAUCAAGGACUCAGUGGUUGCUGGGUUCCAAUGGGCUUCAAAGGAAGGUCCUUUAGCAGAGGAAAACAUGAGAGGGGUCUGUUAUGAGGUGUGUGAUGUUGUGCUCCAUGCUGAUGCAAUCCACAGAGGAUGUGGUCAGAUGAUCUCAACAGCAAGAAGAGCCAUCUAUGCAUCACAACUCACGGCCAAGCCUAGACUUCUUGAGCCGGUUUACAUGGUCGAGAUACAAGCACCUGAGGGAGCUUUAGGAGGAAUCUACAGUGUGUUGAAUCAGAAGCGUGGACAUGUGUUUGAAGAAAUGCAAAGGCCAGGAACGCCUCUCUACAACAUCAAAGCCUACCUUCCUGUGGUCGAGUCAUUUGGUUUCUCAGGUCAGCUAAGGGCUGCAACCUCAGGACAAGCCUUUCCUCAGUGUGUGUUUGACCAUUGGGACAUGAUGUCUUCUGAUCCGCUUGAGACUGGCUCACAGGCUGCGACAUUGGUAGCUGAUAUCAGGAAGAGAAAAGGUUUGAAGCUACAAAUGACUCCACUCUCUGAUUAUGAAGACAAAUUGUAA